AUGACGGGCUCAGAAAAUGAAGGCAGCCAUGGCGGCUCAACGCACAGCUCAGUGCCCAAUGCGAAGAACUCUUCCAUUCAAGUAGGAAUGCGCGACGGCGUCACAGGAGACUUCAAUCUUGUCCCCCGAGCAGAAGCCUCGGUCUCAGUAUUUGACUCAAAUUUCCUCAUCGGCGAUGGCAUCUGGGAGGGCAUUCGCGCCAACAAAGGCCGUGUGCAAUUCGCAAAAGAACACAUAAACCGUCUCUUCCAAUCAGCAAAAGCGAUGUACAUGGAUCUCGGCCUCUCAAAGGGCGAUCUUCUCGAUCUUAUCCACCAAACCCUCGACGCCAACGACAUGGGUCAAGAUGAGCACGUUCAUAUUCGUCUCGUCGUCAGUCGUGGCCUUAAAGCAACACCUUAUCAAAACCCAAAGGUCAACAUCGGCCUUCCUCUAAUUGUCAUCAUUCCCGAAUCGAAAGCCGUGGAUCCAAACUCUAAAUCUCGCGGCUUGAGAUUGGCGACAACAUGGGUUCGUCGCGGACCACCGGAUGUGAAGGAUGAGCAAUGGAAUCACAUCUCCAAAGCAACAGAUGUUCAAGCUUGUAUCCACGCUAACGUCAUGAACGUUGACGAAGCGCUAAUGCUUGACCUCCGCGGCUUCGUGAAAACAUGCAACUCAGUAAACUUCUUCAUCGUGCGCGACCACGAAGUUUGGGCUCCUACGAAAGACAACCAAAUGCAAGGCAUCACGCGACAAAAGACCAUUGAUGUGUGUCGCGCAAACGGAAUCACGGUUAGGGAACUGGACUUUACGCUUACGGAGACUUAUGGCGCUGAUGAGGCGUUCUGUACAGGGACUUUUCCGUCGCAGAUUCAUGUUACGGAGAUUGAUGGGCGGGUCAUUGGAGAUGGGAAGAGGGGUGCUGUUACGGAACGCAUCCAGCAGUUGUAUUCUGAGUUGGUAAAGAAGGAUGUUGAGAGGAGCAGGGAGGAGAUCAGGGCGGAGGUUGUGAGGGAGAGGGAUUUGAAGUGGUUGUCGAAGAUCUGA